AUGUUUGUUUUUGGGAGUUCCUUAGUUGACAAUGGCAACAAUAAUUUCAUCAAAAACGCCAUAGCCAAGGUUGAUUAUCUACCAUAUGGAAUAGACUUCCCAUUUGGCCCUUCUGGAAGAUUUACCAAUGGUAAAAAUGUUAUUGACCUUCUUGGGGAGCAUUUGGGGAUUCCAACUUAUAUUCCUCCAUUCACCGAUCCAUCAACUAAGGGUAAAAAAAUUGUUUAUGGCGUGAAUUUUGCCUCUGGGGGCUCCGGAAUACUGGAUGAUACCGGUGCAAUUGCAGGCAAUUUGAUGAGUUUAAAUGCACAAAUCAGAAAUUUUGAGGCUGUGACUUUGCCAGAUUUGGAGGUGCAGCUGAGGAGUAAAAGCCGAGAAUCACUGCCUAGAUUCUUGUUCGUGGUGGGAAGUGGUGGAAAUGACUACUCACUGAAUUAUUUUAUGGGUUUGGUUAACAGCAAUGUCAGUCUUGAAGAAUUCACUGCAAAUUUGACCACUACGUUGACUCACCAACUCAAGAGGUUGUAUAAUUUGGGUGCUCGAAAGUUUGCUCUCAUGUCAAUCAAUCCCAAUGGCUGCAGUCCAAUGGCUAAGUCUAGGUUUCCGACUCGCGAUCGCUGUGUAGAAAGUUUAAAUCGAGCCGUACAUCUUUUCAAUGUGCGCUUGAAGACGUUGGUGGUUGGUGUAAGAGCACAAAUGCCUGAUUCAGUUCUUGUUUUGGUCAAUUCAUACAAAGUUAUUAGGGAUAUCAUAAGAGAUCCUGCCUCUAAAGGUUUUACCAGUACAAGAACCUCUUGUUGCGAAGUGGCUACAAUAAAUGAUGGUGGAACUGGAAUUCUGUGCAAGAGAGGAGGAUCCAUUUGCACUAACAGAAGCAACCAUAUAUUUUUUGAUGGAUUACAUCCAACAGAAGCUGUAAAUCAUGUUAUUGCAAACAAGGCUUAUGCUUCAAACUUCAAAUCUGAAGUAUAUCCCAUGAAUCUUAAGCAAUUGUCUGAAAUUUGA